GAGGUCGUCAUGUACAGCAGCGGCGGCAAUUUAGCUAAAAAAGGAUAGAAAUUGUCACUAUUUGACAUAAAACAAGUCGCUUUAAGCCGUUCUCAUGGUGGAAUCGCGGUGUCGGAGAAGAACUGGCUUAUGAAUUGAAUGCCCCUCUUCCAGUCUCCAUGGAAUAUCCACCAAGGACCACCACCAUGGCUCCACCGGUGCCGCCGCACAAAGCCCAGCCAGCCCGGCCGGGGCGAGGGCAAGAGCGGCUACUGAAGUGCGUGCUGCUCGGAGACGGUGCUGUGGGCAAGACGAGCCUGGUGGUCAGCUACACCACCAAUGGCUACCCCACUAAAUACGUCCCCACUGCUUUUGACGACUUUUCUGCCGUGGUUCAAGUGGACGGGAGCCCGGUUCGACUACAGCUGUGCGACACCGCAGGACAGGACGAGUUUGACAAGCUGCGCCACUUCUGCUACAGUCGCACGGACGCCUUGCUGCUCUGCUUCAGCGUGGUCAGCCCGGCGUCCUUCCAAAACGUCUGGGAGAAGUGGGUCCCGGAAAUCCGCCGGCGCUGCCCCCUCACGCCCAUCCUCCUGGUGGGCACGCAGUGCGACCUGCGGCAGGACGUCAAGGUCCUCAUCGAGCUGGCCAGGCGGAAGGAGAGACCCGUGGCCGAGGAGGACGCCAGGGCGCUGGCCGACAAGAUGGGGGCGGUGACAUACGUGGAAUGUUCGGCCCUGACGCAGAAGAACCUGAAGGAGGUGUUUGACGCCGCCAUCGCCGUGGGCUUGAGGAAUUCUGAGAGGCGAGUGCGGCGGGAGAAGGUGCGCAGCACGGCCGAUAAGAUGAAGAUGCUCUCGAGGUCGUGGUGGAAGAAGUACGUGUGCGUCCAAUAGAACUUCCUGCGGGACAACACUGGCUUGACUGUGGGAGAGCGGAGCAACAAUAACAACAAUAACGUGACGUUCUUGUGCUCCUCGAUCAUCAACACACGACGUUGACCAGUGUCCAACCAAAAACUACGCAGCUCGUUAAUGGAAGGCGUGGACUGCAGUCUCAAAUGUGAACUGGAGUUGGAGUCAGGACAUGAACUCAGACUGGACUCCCUCCUUGCCAAGUAUAUCAUCUCCAUGUGGUGUUCACUGUCAUUCUACUCUGUUUGCCAAAAUCACAACAGCGUUCGUGUUCAAUGGAAUAAUGACGGGGCGGGACGGGACGGGACAUAUGAAAAACCUCAUGUGGAUUAUGCAAGUUUUUCAUUUUCAUGCAAAAACAUCAGAAUUUCGCAAGUUUUUGAUUUUUAAAUGAAAAUAACGUGACAUUUAGCAUGUUUCAUUUUGUUUUUGGGACUCAAAAAGUGUGGACAUACAUGCUGUCCAUUAGUUUUUAAUGACACAAAAAAUAGAUUGAAAAUGUAUUGUAAAAAGCAGACCAAUCUUACGCUCACGUCUGCUUUGUUGCUGUCCAAUGAAAAGCAUGUACAGUGUUCCCUCGUGCCAUCGUGGUUCACCUUUCGCGGACUCCCUGUUUCGCAGUUUUUUUCCUGUGUGUAAUUUUAUGAGCGCCGUUACAGGCCGAGCCUGGCCCUUUAAGAAGAAUUGCAUUGUGGGAAGUUGAGUGUCGUAGCUCUGUGCCGGCGGUGUCUCUCUAUUCUCUCUCUUCUGUCUGCACCGCGGCUGUCAGUCUCCUUUGUGGCAAAGAAGCUAACCGCAUGUGACUCUGAACGCUGUUUGUUUGCACGUUUCCUCUCCGACAAACCUCACAGUGUUGAUGAAACGUUCUGCACCAAAAAGGCAGAGGAAGAUGCUGAUCAUCUCACAAAAAGUUGGCUACUUCAUGGAUUUCACGUAUUGCAGGCUGUUUUGGGAAGCUAUCCCCCGCGAUAAACGGGGGAACACUGUAUCUCCAUAUUUCGCGUUUUGAAAACCUUUAUCCAAAAACACCAAAAACAGUUGUUGAAUAAUUGACUCAGUUUGAAGAUUUCUCCAAAGCUGGAUAUCAAAAUCUGUUUUAAAAAGCAUCAGUCAAUCUGUAUUGUUGCUGUCUGAUAUAUUUAAUAGUAUGUAUCUCCAUAUACUGUAUAUAUAUUUUUUUUAAUCCCAAAAAUAAAACACAAUGCAUUUAUGGGGGGGGGUUUGGUAUAAAAAUAUAUUUUAAAAGCAAAUGAAUCAAAAGCAUGUAUCUCCAAAUGUCAUUGUUUUAAAAGUUUGAAUGAAAAUUGUCAUUGGACUGUGACAUUUAUGCUACAGUUUGACUAAAAAUGCUAAAUGUGAAAUUUGGAAUCCCAGCUAUCCUGGAAGGUGUUCCCUUUCAUAACCAAACACGUUGGGUGGUGCCAGUGUACGUUGCACUUGUCAUACGUAAACGUCAAGACGCGGUGCCAGGCAAUGACCUGUGCACCAGCGUACCAACUAUGCAGGGUACCUCCAGCAUUGUCCUUUAAACACGGUGCCAAAAACAGCUGAAGCGACUGGCCUCGUGUUUGCUCUGUGCUUCAACACAACACGAGCUGGUUACCCGACCACUAUCUGUCCUCCACGUCACUCUUCUGUAACGCAAUGGCCCAACACCCUCUGCUCCAUACACGUUUGCUUCUCAUUUUUCAGAAGCUCCUCAUUCAGGCUCUGUUCUCUGUUCCCCACAGCUGAUGAAAUGAAUCACGACAAAGCAGAUGCACAAAUGUGCCAUGUCUUUAUGUAUGUUACAUAGCAUAAAAUGAUGUUUGUAAUGUCACCGUGCGUGUGUGCGUGUGGCGUGUGUGUGUGUGUGUGUGUGUGUGUGUGAGCGACUCAGUCAGAAAUGGUACGUAACAGUUGAAGGGUUGGAAUGGAGCUAAAUAAAAUGUGAAACAUUGAA